AUGCUGGCUGAUUCUUCCAUUAGUAAAUCUCGUUCUUCAUUUUCUAUUUUCGUCAAGAUUCACUGCAGCUUCCGAUCCAAUAUUCAGUUUUCUUUCAAUAAUGUUUGUUGUCCCUACUUAUCUACAUUUCAUUGCCUAUCUAUUUCUUCUGAUUUAUCUAUAAUUUUUUAUUUAUGUUUCUCUUUCACUUAUCUCAUUUGUUUCUCAUUUCUUUCCCUACGUCGCUUUUUCAUGUUUUUUCUUUCUCAAUAUCUUUUUCUCCCCACUUCGUUGCCUGUUGUUUUCUUCUUCUUUGUCUAUCUCUUUUUCUUGUCUCUUCUUCCCAACCAGAUUAGUUUUCUUCCCUCUUAUUUUUUACCUUUUUCUUUCCUCUUCUUCUUUAAUCUAACUUCCUUUCUUCGCUUUCUUUACCUAUUUCUUCUUCUUCUUCUUCUUCUUCUUCUUCUUCGUUUUUUUCCUUUUAUUUUUUAUCUAUGCCAUCUUCUUCUGUCUUCUUUAGUUAUCACCUUUAAUUCUCUUUUCAUCUUUCUCUUUCAUUAUUUCUUUUUCUUUCCAUAUCUUCUUUACUUCUCUCUUCUUUUUCACCUUCUCCUUUUCGCUCCUUUUUCACCUUCUUCCUGCUUCUUUCUCUAUUUUUCUUUACUGUUCUUUCUCUUUCUGUUUUUCUUCCUUCUUCCUUCCCCUCGCUUUUUCUCUUUCACCUCUUUCCUUUUCCUUCCUAUCUCUCUCUUUUCAUCUUUGCCUUUCUCUCUCUCAUUUCUUCCUCUUUUAGAUUCUUACUUUUUCUUCCUUCACCUUUACUUCUCUCUUCACAGUCUAUAUUCUUCUUCCCCUCUCUCUACUUUCAUUCUUCUUCUUUUGAUCCCUUUGGUAUUGUGCUAG